GGUCCCAGCCCCCUCUCUUCUAUCCCCACAGUCUCUUCCAGCUCCUGCAGCGGCCCUUUAACCUUCUGUGUAUUGUAGCAACAUCAAGAUUAUAUUCAUUUUACUGGGGACUUGUGUGACAUUGUGGCUUUGCAUUUGCUUUGGAUAGAAUGGUUGGGAUUCCAGGACCCUAUCAGUUAAGGGGAGACUGCAGUCUUGUGAGUUUUGAACAGAGUACUUUGGCAGUUACUGGGGACAAGAGGGUGCCAGCCAUGCCUGGGUCUCCCAUGGAAGUGAAGAUCCACUCCAGAUCCUCGCCGCCAAUCAUGGCACCACUUCCUCCUGUGAAUCCUGGUGGAGUUCGGCCUGUCGGCUUUCCCCCAUCAUCACAUUCCAAUGGUAUCAACCAUUCUCCCCCCACACUUAAUGGAGCCCCAUCCCCACCUCAGCGUUCCAGCAAUGGUCCAUCAUCAUCAUCCUCCUCUUCCCUGGCCAAUCAGCAGCUUCCUGCCACCUGUGGGGUGAGGCAACUCAGCAAACUGAAAAGAUUUCUCACUACAUUGCAGCAGUUUGGAAACGACAUCUCUCCGGAGAUAGGGGAAAAGGUCCGCACCCUAGUUUUGGCCCUGGUGAACUCAACUGUAACCAUUGAGGAAUUUCACUGCAAACUGCAAGAAGCCACCAAUUUUCCCUUGCGCCCCUUUGUCAUUCCAUUCCUGAAGGCCAACUUGCCUCUUCUGCAGCGGGAGUUACUACACUGUGCCCGAGCUGCCAAGCAGACCCCUUCCCAGUACCUGGCACAGCAUGAACAUAUUCUCCUGAAUACCAGCACUUCUUCCCCAGCAGAUUCCUCAGAACUGCUUAUGGAAAUGAAUGGCAAUGGGAAACGACAUAGCCCUGACAGGAGAGAAGAAGAGAGAGAAACUGCACCCGCGGAACCUCCAGUUAAGAGAGUCUGCACUAUCAGUCCAGCCCCCAGACACAGCCCGGCUUUGUCCCUCCCUCUCGUGAACAGCACCAGCCACUUCCACCCAACACCACCACCCCUUCAGCACUACUCCUUGGAGGAUAUUCCCAGCUCUCAGCUUUACAGAGACCACCUAAACAAGAUCGGCGAACACCGGGACGUUAGAGAUCGGCAUCACAGUUCUGGAGUCAAUGGCAACUUAAAUAAUGGCUACCAGGAAGAACUUGUAGACCAUCGGCUGACAGAGCGAGAAUGGGCAGAAGAAUGGAAGCAUCUGGACCAUGCAUUGAACUGUAUCAUGGAGAUGGUAGAGAAGACUCGGCGCUCAAUGGCCGUGCUGCGUCGCUGUCAGGAAGUGGAUAGAGACGAGCUCAACUACUGGAAACGGAGAUUCAACGAGUCAAAUGAGAUCCGGAAGGGAAGUGAGCAUCCCAGCAGACAACACAGCCCUUCCAGCACCGAUUCAGGAGCCAGCGAUUCCGUUCGUGACUUUGGGAGCAGAACAGGAGCAGGCUAUGUAACAGAUGAGAUCUGGAGAAAAGCAGAGGAGGCAGUGAAUGAAGUCAAACGGCAGGCAAUGUCUGAAGUACAAAAGGCUGUCUCGGAAGCAGAGCAGAAAGCAUUUGAGAUGAUAGCAUCAGAGAGAGCAAGGAUGGAACAGACCAUUGUGGACGCAAAGAGGAGGGCUGCAGAAGACGCCGUCUUGGUUGUGAAUGAGCAGGAAGAGUCCACUGAGAGCUGCUGGAAUUGUGGUCGGAAAGCGAGCGAGACAUGCAGUGGCUGUAACAUCGCUCGCUACUGUGGCUCCUUCUGUCAGCACAAGGACUGGGAGAAACAUCACCGCAUCUGUGGCCAAAGCAUGCAUACACAGGCAAAACCACUCACCCCAUCUCGUUCCCUGAUCCCCAAAGCUUCUGACCCCGUCCUUCUGAGCCCCACUCUGGAGAGGUCUUCCAGCGCCACCUCACGCUCCUCUACACCUGCUUCUGUCACUGCUGUUGAUGGCCUGUGAAGAGAGAAUGAGAAUGAGUCUUUUUCCCCCUAUGGAUUUAUUUACCCCCUUUUUGCGCUCAGAGUAACAUAAUAAGUCCACGAGACAGCAGCAAUUCGGCCUUUCUCUGAAGAGAAAAUUUCAUCCAUCUUGAUGUAUUUAAAUAAUUGCUGGUGCAGCAAAAUACAAGAAGAGACAGUUAAUAAAGAAGAUGGAAAAAAAACUGAAAUCGCCCGGAGACCUAUUGGCCCAUCUCUUUAAAAAGGCAAUUGCCCAAAUGGGAUCUAAAUUGUGUGUGUAUAUAUAUAUAUAUAUAUAUAUAUAUAUAUAUAUUUGAAAUGGACAUUCAUUUGGCUGAUUUCUAGUGGACCAGAUUGCUAGGGACUUCUAUCUGGGCCUCAAAGUGUUAUCCCAGUUAUAGACUGCAUUCUGGACUAACCAAGCAAUCGGUAUGUUCGUGUUUGGCCUUUGCAUCCCGUAUUUUCUUGCCCAGAAGAAAAAGCAGAUAUGUAAUAUAUCUCCCUCAGCCUAACCCAUGUUGUCUAUCAGGAAGAGUCAGCAUGAGUCGUUUGGUUGUUAAACGGGCAAAUAUCAGGGCCAUACAAUAAAGACUAUUUGUGAAAGUGAGAUUUUAUAAGAGAUCAUGUACCCCCUAUUGUUAAGUAUGAAUAUAUUACAUCACUUAGCAUAUGGAUAUGCAUAUGGACUGUGCUAUUGUCUAGGAGCAGUUGUGCCUAUGGCUUUGCAGCACAAGGGAUUUGCAAAAUGGCAGACUGGCCAAACCAAAUGUAAACUUCAGAUGGAUUAUUUUUCACUUCCAAAGAUGUCACCAAAUAUGAGGUUAAAUUGUCAGUCUUUCCGUGUAGAUAAUGUAACAUAAUAAGGAUUAUUCUCACUCCGUAUUUUCGUGUCUGUUGAAAGUGAUAAACGUUUCCUCCCAUCGUCAGAGCUGCGUUGGUUCAUUGUUGGAAAUUGCUCAUUUUAUAAAGUGCUGUUUCAUGAAUAAGCUACAUAUAUUAUGUGAGUCCUGUACAGAUUACAGAUAUACUAAUCAUUUAUUAUGGAGUUUAUUCAAUAAAGUUCAUUUUACCAGUA